AUGGCCGACCCAGACUUCAUAACAAACGCCUACAAAUCGGAGCGCCUAAUCUACCGAGCCAUGGAGGAAAACCACCACGACAGAGCAUGGGUAUCCGAAUUCAUCCUAAAUGACUCCGAGGUCACCGUCAUGGGAACACCGCGCCUCGCCCGUCCUGCGCCACUCACCGACGCCCAAAGCUACAUCGACCACAACAAAGGAAACCUCCUCAACGCGUUGAUCUGUCUCCCGCCAGAUACGGCCACGAGUGCAGAUGACAGAUCCAUGGAACCAAUACCCAUCGGCGACGUCAGCCUCAUCGACCGCGGGGUUCCUAUGAUGCACCAUCGAAACGCGAUGAUAAGCAUCAACAUCAUUGCGCCGUAUCGGGGGAAGGGCUACGGCGGGGAGGCAAUCAAUUGGGCGCUUGACUGGGGGUUCAGGCGUGCGGGAUUGCAUCGGAUUGCGAUUGGGGUUUUCAGCUACAAUGUCAAGGCGUUGCAUCUUUAUAAGAAGUUGGGGUUUGUGGAGGAGGGGAGGGAGCGGGAGGCGUUGCUGCUUGAUCGGAGGUGGUAUGAUGGUGUUAUUCUGGGGAUGUUGGAGGGUGAGUGGGAGAAGUUGAGGGGAUUGAAGGGCGAUGUUUAG